GGAUUCCAAAUCAGUUCCUGGUCCGUACAUCACUGUCAAGUCUUUCAUUCACUGAACUAUACAGACCCGAGGCAAAACACGAACUUCAACCGUCAAGAAGGACAGCAAUAUGGCACCCAAGUCUGAUUCGAAGACCGGCUCCGCUACGAGCUUGACUGAGAAGGAGAUGAAGCUACUGGCCCUGAUGUGGCUCUGUACUGAUGUCCCAGAUCCAAAAAUCGAUUACGACAAACUUGCUGACCUGAGCGGCUACACCAGAUCUUCAGUGAUGACCUACGUCCCAGUCAUCAAGAAAAAGAUCAAGAAACUUCAAGGCCCAGAUGCAAGUACAGCUACUGCCCCUGACUCCAAGAAGGCCUCAGCAAGCGGCCGAAAGCGUAAGGCAGCUGAUGUGGAGGACGAGGAUGUCGACAAUGACACACCCGCUCCCCCGAAAAAGACAAGGGUCAUCAAAAGCGCCAAAAAAACUGCGCCAGUGGUCAGAGCCGAGCACAGUGAAGAGGAGGAAGCUAUUGAGACGCAUACAGAAGGAGAGAUCGAAGCUUAAACUCAUUGUGUGCAGGUAUGCGUGGAGGCAGCACUAUUCAUGAUUAGGUUCAGGGGUGAAUGGAAAUCUCUUUGCCUCCUUUCUGGCAAGCAUACAUCCAUUUCAUCGUAUCUUCAUA